AAGAGUCUUCCUGUAUUCUCAUUAUUAGAUACAUCUAAAAAAAUUCUAAAACAAAAAAAAUAGAGAGGGAGAGAGAGGGAGAACGGAUAAUAAGAGUAGUGAAUAUUCCUGUUGGAAGGAGAGAAAGAAAUGGUGAGGUUGAGAGAAACAGAAUUGCUCCUGAGACUCUGUAUCGUCUUUUUUCUCCUCCUCACUUCUUUUUUGGUCGGUUUGGAUUCUCAGACCAAAGAGGUUGCUUAUAUCCACAAGAAAGUCACUUUCAGAGAUUUGUUUGCUCUGGAGGUUGAGUUGUACAUAGAUGUUGUGGUUGCUGCAUAUAACAUUGUUCAAUUAGGGUUUGGUUGGUUUGGUGCUGGACAAAAGACCACCAAUUCUAAAUGGCUCUCUUACCUCUUGGAUCAGACGGCAGUGUACGUGAUGUUCGCCGGGACAUCAGCAGCGGCGCAACACUCAUUGCUUGUGGUUACAGGUUCGAGGGAGCUUCAGUGGAUGAAGUGGUGCUCCAAGUUCACGAGGUUUUGCUUUCAGAUCGGAAGUGCCAUCGUCUUAAACUACAUCGCGGCAAUUCUCAUGAUCAUCCUCUCCUUCCUCUCGGCCUUCAACCUCUUCCGCCUCUACUCCCCUAAACGUUAUUUUCACUUCAAGUCCUCUUCUUAAUAAAACACUUUGUUAAUCCUUUUCUUAAUCCAGAAUAAUGUUGAUAAUGUAAAGAAAGAGUUGAUAAUUAUUGAUUUGAAUCUAAAUUAUAUAACUUGUGUAUCUUCCA